GGGAGAAACUUUAUUUGCAUAAUGGAUACUUUGUAUUCAAACUUAUUCAACCCUCUCUAUAUUUCCCACUUUUUGCUCCUUUUGUUUUUGGCAUCUUCAUAUCUGCACACUAGCAGUCACUUCUGUUUCUCUUUGGUUGAUGGAGUUCCAAGCACUAGUAGUGUGAGAUCAUGCAUCAAGGAAGAGAGAAGUGCGCUUCUCAGUUUUAAACAGGAUCUCAAGGAUCCCUCUGGAAGGCUUUCUUCUUGGGUGGAUCACGAUUGCUGUCAAUGGGAAGGAAUUUCUUGCAACAACCGCACCGGUCAUGUGGUGAAACUGAGCCUACGGAAUCCAUAUCAUCUCAUAUGGUAUGAUGAAGAGUGGGACGAGUUGGCUUAUAACCAGUCUUGCUUGGGAGGUAAGAUAAAUUCUUCUUUGCUUAGCUUGAAAUAUUUAAAUUAUCUGGAUCUAAGCUACAAUGAUUUUGAUGGGAUUCACAUCCCUAAGUUCUUUGGGGAGCUUAAAAGUCUGAGGUAUCUCAAUAUAUCAUCUGCAUCAUUUUCAGGAGAGAUUCCCCCUUCUCUCGGUAACUUAUCAAAAUUGAACUAUCUUGAUCUUGAUCACUCAUUUAGAACACAUUCCAAAAACUUGAAUUGGAUUUCUCAUCUCUCUUCCCUAAAAUACCUCAAUCUCAAUCGAGUGAAUCUUAGCAGCGUAGGAGUUACAAAUUUGUUGCACCAUGUUAACAUGCUUCCUUCCUUAUUGGAGUUACACUUAUCUCGUUGCUUGGUGGAAAGCGCAAGAGUUCCACUAUCACUACAGAAGAUUAACUUCACUUCACUUUCGGUCCUUGAUCUGUCAUAUAAUUUCUUCAAUACUUCUUCAUUUCCCAACUGGCUUUUCAAUCUUACCAGCCUUAGAAAACUUGAUCUAAGCUUGAAUUUUUUCAGUUGUCCUUUUCCUGGUGAACUUGCAAGCCUCAAAUCUCUGGAAUACCUAGAUUUAUCUUAUUUGGGCCUCAAAGGUCGAAUUUCCAGAGUCAUUGGACAUCUGUCCAAAUUGAAGUUUUUAAGUCUUAGGUGGAACUAUUUUUCUGGUGAGAAAAUUGAAGAGUUUUUUUGGAGCUUGUCAAAUUAUCCAAAUAAUACAAUAGCAUUAGAAUCACUAGAUUUGUCUGAUUGUGGGCUGGAAGGCCAACUGCCGGCCUCCUUAGGAAUGUUAAAAAGUUUGAAGCAUCUAGACCUUUCAGGGCUUUUACUUUGGGGUUCAAUUCCAGAAUCUAUUGGAAACUUAUCAUCCUUGCAGACAUUGGAGCUCUCUGGUAGCUAUAGGAACGGCUCCAUUCCGAAAAGUUUGGGAAAACUCUCCGAGCUAGUUACACUAGAUCUUUCUUGGAAUUAUUGUGAAGGCUUUCUAACGGAAGCCCAUUUCACAAAUCUCACUAGAUUAAAACAUCUUCAAAUUUUCAAGGAUGAAAUAGCGAAGCCCAUGUGCCCCAUUUUUAACGUGGCUUAUGAUUGGGUUCCUCCUUUCAAGCUCCACAACCUUUAUAUAAGUGACUGCAAAGUGGGUCCCGGUUUUUCGAUAAUGCUUCAAUCUCAAACUGAACUAGUAGGUGUCGGCCUUAGUAAUACUUUCAUCUCGGAUUCCAUACCAAAGGAAUGGUUGUCGAAGAUAUCUUCCCAAGUCAAAUAUUUGGAUUUAUCUUACAACAACUUCAGUGGAAGGCUUCCAUCACAAUUAAAGUUUCCAAAGCUACAGAGUAUCAAUUUGGGUCAUAAUCAAUUGGAAGGCCCACUUCCACUUUGGCCCACUAAUGUCAUCUCCCUUGAUCUUCAAAGCAAUUUAUUUGCCGGUCCAAUUCCCUCCAAUUUAGACCAAUUGAUGCCCAAAUUGAUAUAUUUGGAUGUUUCUGAGAAUCUUUUGAAUGGUACUAUUCCACUCUCUAUUUGCAACAUGAAGGAUAUGGAAGUCAUUUCGCUAAGAAACAAUCAACUAUUUGGAGAGUUCCCUCAACGGUGGAGUUUUUGGAGUGGAAUAAUCAUUAUUGAUGUCUCACACAACAAUCUUUCUGGUCAUAUUCCGAGUUCAAUGGAUAUCCCAAGUUCUCUUGAAACAUUUAAGGUGAAUAAUAAUAAUUUUAGUGGUGAGAUUCCUUUUUCCUUACAAAAUUGCACUUCUUUGAUCGUACUUAAUCUUGGAGGCAACAAAUUCACUGGAAACCUACCUUUAUGGAUUGGAUCAAAUGUAUCCACCUUGGAAGUGUUACAACUGCGAUCCAACCUUUUAAGCGGGCAUAUCCCUCCCCAUUUCUGCAAUCUUCCACACCUUCACGUCCUAGACCUUGCUCACAACAACUUUUCAGGGACCAUUUCUAAGUGUCUAAAAAAUAUGACUUGUCUAGUUGAAGUUAAUUAUACAUGCCGAAGUUUCUUCUCGCAUGGAGACUAUUAUGGAAAAACAACAAUAACGUCAAAAGGGAAAGAGCUCGAAUAUGGAGAUGGCCAGUUAGCCGAGUGGGGAAACAUGAUUGAUCUUUCGUCAAACAGUUUUGAAGGUGAAAUCCCUGAACAAGUAGGCAGUCUGGUUGAAUUGAGUACAUUGAACUUGUCGAGGAAUCGAUUAACUGGAGAGAUUCCUUCAAGCAUAGGAAAAUUACGUUGGCUUGAAACUCUUGAUCUCUCACAAAACCAGCUUUCAGGACAUAUCCCUCAAAACUUUUCUUCUUUAACCUCCCUAUCACACUUGAACUUAUCUUACAACAACUUGAUUGGAAACAUACCUUCGGGAAACCAACUCCAAACCCUCAAUGAUCCAUCUUUUUAUGAAGGCAAUCCGUUAUUGUGUGGGGCUCCUCUUUCAAUUGUUUGCCCUGGAGAUGAUACACGUUCAAGACAGACUUUUACUUCAGGAGAUCACAGUAAAGAUGAUAGCGAAAUGUUUUGGUUUUACAUUAGCAUGGCACUUGGUUUCAUUAUAGGCUUUUGGGCUGUUUGAGGAACGUUGGUCCUAAAGAAGUCAUGGAGGUAUGCAUAUUUUAAAUUCUUUGACAACGUGAAAGAGAAAGUAGCCUUAAUAAUUGCACUGAAGGUAGCUCGUUGGCAAGGGAGAUUAUGAUACGAAGAGAAAAUAAAAAUGUGCAUGCGUGUUCUAGUGGGCUACUCGUCCGACUGUUACUGCUGAAGCUUACUUUUGAAACUUGUCUUAGCUUUUAAAUUGUUGCUUUUGCUAUUUUUUUUAUUUGGUUUAGCAUGUUUUGUAUUAGUGUGCUUUCCUCACUUUGUGUUUUGAGGUCUCUCACGAGGGGCUUUGGGUCUUUUUGUCCCUUCUAGGUGUUACUCUUUUAUUUCUUCAAUAAAUUUCUCUCGUACCGUCGAGAUUGUCAAAACAAAGGAAAAAAAAAAAGAAAACAAUAACACUACAUGUAUGCUUCUUU